AGCUGAUCUUGAGUGCAAAUACUUUAAGCCACGACCACGCAGAGACACGAGAAAAGCCGAGACGCUGGUGGCUUAAACAUGCAAGAGGUCGCACUUUAUACACUCUGUCGCACUGUAUCGUGUAUUAAAAUGUGUCCUCCGCAAAUCUCUCUAUUCCAUGAGGUGUCUUUUUGAGCACAAAGCAAACCCAAGUUCAGAACGAAAAUUGUCGGCAACCGCGCAUCGGAAUCUCGGCAGCUCGAUGGUCUCCUGUACAGGGGCGCUCCUUUCGGCCGCUGGCAGAGAGAGGAAUUCAGAGGAGAAAUUAUCCACAGUUUUCUUUUGAAGACCUUGCACAGGGACUCGUCGUUAGAGUCGUGUCUGUUUUUUGUGGACUUUUUUCUUUCGUGCGGGAGUUUUUCCUCUUCAAAAGCCUUCGUGUUUCGUGGCGAAUAACCCUAGAGUUUUGGCUUUCGAGGCUCUCUACUGAGGCGGGUCUCUCGUACGUGGAACGCUUUUCUGAGCGCCCGUCCCAAAGAACUUGCUUCUUGACUAGUGCGCUUCAUUGAACAUUUAUCUUUUCUGAAAGCCCUGAGGAUUCCGUUUCUUCUGAGACAAGUGGUGAUUCAUGGCGGGCACAGCGGACGGUCGAAGAUUUAGGGUCUACCCGCACCCGAGGGUUCCCAACCCGUUGCGGCUAGUCCCUCCGUACGCGGUAGACGAAGCUUACUCUGUUCCCCCAGUGCGACAUCCCGCAUUUUCUGACACGGCCCGUUUUCGCAAGCCUGACUCCAAUCCACACUGCAGACUCGACGCUCCAGCAGACUCCCCGGCGUUAGUCUCUCCUCUCAGCUGCGGACACGCUCAGCCCAGAAAGUAUCCCGAGUGGGAUGAACAGUCUUUUCCGUUCAGACGGGACCCACACCCCGCAGGUCCAUGUCAGUGUCUGGAGUGCUCUUUUUUAGACGGGAGACUAGCGCCUCAUGCAAGUGUCGAUGGACAGGCGUGGCCUGUGCAGGAGGAAACUGGACCCGGACUCGUACCCCAGUCAACGACAUCCAGAACGAGCCAGAUUCGCUGCAUCCAGGACCAUGUCGGUUCUUUUCAGCGAUCUUCUGUGUUUUCGGAGGAUGACCAGGAUAUUCCCGUGAACAUAGAGGCUGAAUCCAGGCGCACUCACCCACCGGAGAGCGUCUACACAACCGAUUAUGUAGACCACUUCGCUGCCCCCGUCCAUCCGGGAGAGACCCCGUUCGAAGAGCCGCAAACAUCGUUCUCUCCGACUCGAAAUCUCUCCCUGCGCGACGUUUCGCGACUGGCACCGUUGCGAGAACAUAACUGCAGCAUCCCGAGUGGAUGUGAUUUGCCGUACAACCACGCCUGCUCAAUCGCACAAACCGAGCGGUGCCUCAACCGCUUCGAUACAACGGGGACCGGCCACUGUAGCGGUUGCCGGAGUCCCUCGCAGAACCCAGCGCAUGCCUGCGCAGUUUGUGCUCCGCAUGCAAGGGAUAUGAUUGGAUCCUGCUUCUGCUCGAGUUGUUGGAGAUGCGGAAGGAACCAAAUUCACGCCUGCCCAGAACACUGCUCUCACGCGUGCGGUGAAUCUCCUCGAGGCCCGCCGACCCGGAUUGUAGCCCAUUACCCCCCCUGCGGAACAAAGGCCGACACUCCGGUACCGAAAAUACCCCGGCAGCCGUGCUGGACGGCUGAAACAGCUGCCAACGACGGAGUUUUUAGUGGGCACUCCAGAAGCCGCUCCACGGACACGGGCGACCCGGAGUGGCAGAACCGCCAGGCAAACAAGAAUGUGCCACGAACUUCUUGUCGGAACAAAUGUCUGACACCCACUGCAUCGGGACUUGCCAGCCUCAAUCCGAAAGACUACAAGUACCUUCCCCUCUGGGAGCUACAGCUUGUGCCACCAGCUGGAAUUCCCACGACAAAAUUCCAACCGGUCACACGGACUUGAGAUGCCACGUUAUAGAUUUUGAAUGUGCGUCUCUUGCUUUAAGACACGCUAACCUUUCAGUUGCUUGGAGCGGAGCACACCGAGGUCCCACCUUUUACAGGCACCUUGCAUGUAUUGCAUGGGACAAUGUGCGCUGUGGAGAAAUAUGCUCCUCGUCCCCACUCUGCAAAGCAAGGACGGCAUGCAGAGGAUGCUUAAACGCUCGGCUGAAGCACAGCGACUUCAGGAACAAAGUCGUAUGAGAGUUCCCCGUGGGAUGCAACGAAACGACAGACAGGCAGUCUCACAGAUUUAUUGCAAGUGCCGCGGAGCCUUCCCUCGCUAAAGCUGUUCAGUGCCUUCGCUUCCCACGGUGAAAAUUGCACGCAGGAAUAUUUGAAAGUUUCACUACAGAACAAUGGCUCCCUCAAAAUUGCGUGAUUGCGUGUUUUAUCCUGUGGAACCCGUCGACCAAGGUUCCAAGAGCAGGUAGGGUUCCUAGAGACACGGAAACCCAGUUCUGUAUUGCUUCCGCUAGCGACUUGUCUGAUCUAUUUCCAAAUUUGCCACACUUUGUAAAUUCUGUUACUUCCUUGUGUACAGUUUUGUACGGAGAUACCUAUGUCAUCCAUUGCAUGACCUGAGUUCUUGCCAGCUUGUUGUGGCGUGAGUCAUUUCAUUUGGACUUCUCGACUGCCAAGGUUCCUUGGAGUCGAUAUGCUUUCAAGGUGCGGCUCCUACCCUCCACUCGAAAACUACUAGAGGGUUGUCUGAUAAAUGCCGGUGGCCAACCCAGAAAGAUUUUUCCUUUGCCUGAAGAAUGCAAGCAUUGGACAUCUGGCUCACCGUUUCUUCAGCGGGACUCCAGAAAUGCCAAGGUCCGUCAUGCCACAUACCAACUAGCACUGCCUCAGAACGGUAUCAUUAUGCUCUCAACUGCACACACAAAUGAGAUCAAGACUCAUACACACACAAUCACCUUGUGUUAUGCAUUUCGAUGUCUUCUUACCUUGUGUCUGUUCAUAACCAUUUCGAUGUCUUCUUACCUUGUGUCUGUUCAUAACCCCUUCAAAAGCGACGUAGUAUUCGUUUUUCUUCACCAACUUUCCUUCACGUUGGUGUGUUGAUAGUAGAAACAAUGUCCUUUGGUGCGAC